UCAACAAUGGCAGAUCUGAUUUAGAGUGGAGAGAUAUUUCUGUUCCUGUAAACUGUAGUAUAAUUUUUUCAUCUCGUAGUUCACGAGCAGAACAGGAAACUGGGGCGUUUCAGACAUGCUUUGUUCGGGUCGAAUUUUAGCAGUUUGGCCUUCUCUGAAACCUCAGAUUCCUUCCAACUCUCCAUUUAGGAGCUACUCAAGAUUUUUUCAUGGAAAAUUCAAGUUAGACCUCAAAUGCCCAUCCGUCGGUGCUGAUCCCGAACCCUCUUCCUUUUCACCUUCUGUUGAUUCCAAUUCUCCUGACAAGAACGCUGCUGGCUUUUGUAUCAUAGAAGGGCCUGAGACAGUGCAAGAUUUCGCCAAAAUGGAACUGCAAGAAAUUCAGGACAAUAUUCGAAGCCGUCGAAAUAAAAUCUUCCUGCACAUGGAGGAGGUUCGUCGGCUAAGGAUUCAGCAGAGAAUUAGGAGUGCUGAACUUGGAAUCCUAAAUGAUGAGCAAGAAAAUGAACUUCCUAAUUUCCCAUCAUUCAUUCCAUUUUUGCCUCCCUUGAGCUCAGCCAAUCUCAAGGUGUACUAUGCUACUUGUUUCUCUUUAAUUGUUUCAAUUAUCAUCUUUGGUGGCCUUCUUGCUCCUACUCUGGAGCUUAAACUGGGGGUUGGGGGCACAUCUUAUGCAGAUUUUAUUCAUAGUGUGCAUCUGCCCAUGCAACUAAGUCAGGUUGAUCCUAUAGUGGCAUCAUUCUCAGGGGGUGCAGUUGGGGUGAUCUCAGCCUUGAUGGUGGUUGAAGUAAACAAUGUCAAACAACAGGAGCAUAAACGAUGCAAAUACUGUCUUGGAACUGGAUAUCUUGCUUGUGCUCGCUGUUCAAGCACAGGAUCUCUUGUUCUUAUCGAGCCACUGGCUACAGUUAAUGGUGGUGAUAAACCUCUAUCACCACCUAGAACCGAAAGAUGUUCCAACUGUUCUGGCUCAGGAAAGGUCAUGUGUCCUACAUGCCUCUGUACAGGGAUGGCAAUGGCAAGUGAGCAUGAUCCAAGAAUUGACCCAUUUGAUUAAGGGUGCAAUUUCUUAGACAGGUUUAGAUGUCUUAACUGUCUCAGAUAUGUCAAAUGGUGAAACUAAAGCAGUCUUGUACAUAUUUAACUUUGCUCAAGAUCAAUAACAGGGAAAUGUCAAUAUUAUACAUGCAUUUGCAAUCUGAA